GCAGCAGAAGAGAGCAGAGAUGGCAGACUACAGCAGCGUGGCUCCGCCGUCCUCCAACGCCGGUGGCGGCAUGAACGACGCUUUCAAAGACGCUCUUCAGCGAGCACGACAGAUCGCAGCGAAGAUUGGUGGUGAUGGCGUUGCAGCUCCUCAAACUAAUGAGUUUGGCUACGGAGGCCAGAAAAGGCCCCUGGAGGACGCUGGUGGGUAUUUUCCCAUGCCUAACCUGAAUACCGAUCAACCAGAGACGAAGAAAGUGGCCACGAGUGAUGGUAAGGGACCUGAUGAUAUAGUUGUAGCCUUUUCAGCAAUGGGAGGAAUGGGUGGUCCCCCAAGGUCGGCAUCUGAGGAAUUCAAAGUUCCUGAUGGGAUGGUUGGAUUCAUAAUUGGAAGAGGAGGAGAACAAAUAUCACGACUGCAGCAGGAAUCUGGGUGUAAAAUACAGAUCGCUCCUGACAGCGGAGGAAUGCCCGAUAGGUCGGUGACAUUGACGGGAUCGCCAGAAUCCAUCCUGACUGCAAAGAGGCUACUAACAGAGAUAGUUGAGAAGGGACGACCCGCCCCGGCGUUCCACCACAACGACGGCCCGGGCAUGACCGUUCAGGAGAUUAUGGUCCCUGCCUCCAAAGCCGGUCUCGUCAUCGGGAAGGGAGGCGAAACAAUCAAAAGCCUUCAGGAAAGAGCCGGAGUGAAAAUGGUCAUGAUCCAAGACGGACCCCAAAACACAGGCGCAGACAAACCACUCCGCAUUUCAGGAGAGCCAUUUAAAGUUCAGCAAGCCAAAGAGAUGGUGAUGGAGCUGAUCCGAGACCAGGGCUUCAGGGAGCAGAGGGGCGAGUAUGGUUCCCGGGUCGGAGGAGGCGGAGGUGGUGGCGGAGGAGGCGGCGGUGGCGGCGGAGGCGGCGGAGGAGGAGGAGAUAGCUUAGAUGUUCCCGUCCCCCGGUUUGCAGUAGGUAUCGUUAUCGGCAGAAACGGAGAGAUGAUCAAGAAAAUACAGAAUGACACAGGCGUCAGGAUCCAGUUUAAACCAGAUGACGGCAGCACACCAGACAGGAUAGCACAGAUCAUGGGUCCUCCCGACCAGGCUCAGCACGCGGCGGAAAUCAUCUCCGACCUGCUGAGGAGCGUCCAGGCCGGCGGGCCUCCGGGACACGGCGGUGGAAGAGGUCGCGGCCGUGGGCAAGGAAACUGGAACAUGGGACCUCCUGGUGGCCUGCAGGAGUUCACCUUCACCGUUCCGACCAUGAAGACCGGACUCAUCAUCGGCAAAGGUGGCGAGACAAUCAAGGGCAUCAGCCAGCAGUCCGGGGCCAGGAUUGAGCUGCAGAGGAACCCUCCCCCCAACGCUGACCCCAACAUCAAAAUGUUCACAGUGAGGGGUUCCCCGCAGCAGAUCGACUACGCCCGGCAGCUGGUGGAGGAGAAGAUCGGGGGUCCGGUUACUCCAAUGGGCGGCCCACACGGUCCCCCUGGUCCACACGGAGGUCCAGGCCCUCAUGGACCUCCAGGACCACCAGGACCCCCCGGGGCUCCCAUGGGUCCAUACAACCCCGGACCUUACAACCAGGGACCUCCAGGACCUCAUGGUCCUCCUGCGCCUUACCAGCCUCAAGGAUGGGGCAACGGCUACCCACACUGGCAGCAGGGACAGCCCGAUCCAAAUAAAGCCGUAGCCGACGCCAACGCAGCGGCUUGGGCGGCCUACUACGCUCAGUACAGCCAGCAGCCGCAGGCUCCCAUGACCCCGACCAGCGGAGCUCCGGGCACAACUCAGACCAACGGCCAAGGUGACCCACAGGCUGCAGGUCAGAGUGGACAGGCAGAUUACUCCAAGGCCUGGGAGGAAUAUUACAAGAAAACUGGUCAACAGAGUCAGCAACCUCAGGACUACACGAAAGCCUGGGAGGAGUAUUACAAAAAACAAGGUCAAGCGGCCCCUCAGGCCACAGCAGCAGCAGCAGCGGCCGCCUCCCAGCCCGGAGGUCAGCCGGACUACAGCGCUGCCUGGGCCGAGUACUACCGGCAGCAGGCUGCUUACUACGGCACAGCCAACCCUCAGACGAUGGGUGCAGCACCCCAAGCCUCUCAGGGCCAGUAAUGUGAAGUGGACAUAAAGUAAAUGCUACAUUGUCGAAACAAAAUCCUUUGUUAAAUGUUUGGAUGCAGACGCCUUGAUGAAGAUCUUAAAUUUCCUUGGUUUGAAAGUGUUUCACAUAGAUGGCAGAUUUCCCGGCGAACACGUCCUCUUUUUUUUUUUUUUUCUUGUUUUUUGUUUUUGUUUCAUUUUUCUUGUAAAUUGCUUUUGUUUUUAGUGAGGUAAUUAUACAUAUGGUCAUUCCAGCCCUGUAUCUACAUUAAAUGUGGUUAGAAGUCAUGUUUAUUAAACUGUAGACAUUACCAUGUAAAUCAUCUCAGUUUUUAAAAAAAUGCUAUUGCCUGUUGUGUUUUUGCAAUAAAACAAACUGAAACCUCCUGUGUUGGUAAGUUGGGGUUUUAAAACCAAAAGGGUUGAGAUGAAUUUAUGUAUGUUUCAUUUUUCUUUGUUAUUGUUUGUUUUUUACCGUGGAAACUCUUGGAGGGAGGCGGGAGGGGAAGAAAGAGGGGAGGGAGGGAGGAGGGAGGGGGGGAAAGUUUUUUUUUAGAAAUGCAGGCCAUGUGUGGGUUUAAUUGUGCAAAAAUGGUUGACUCAAAAGUUGUGCUGUCCUGUCUCUCUCCAACUGUCUAUAAGGCUCUUAGAUGAUUACAUUACAUGCGUGCAAUGAUCCUCAGUGGUUCAGACCAUCAAACGUCCUCUUGUUGAUAGACUUAAUUUUUUUACACACUUCCUGUUUCCUGACAUUGCUCCUCUGACUCUUUAGCAGUAGACAGAUGUUUGUCAUGAGAAAGUCGACAGGUAUUUCUGUCUGUUCAUGCAUUUACUGCGUUGCUGUGGCGAUCUUUCUUUACAUAUAUCUCUCUAUAUAUCUCUAUAUACAUAAAAAAACAACAACUCAAUAUUUUUUGCCUGGUUUUGCUGACAUUGUUGAGGUAGUAUGCACUGUUAUUUUUGCCUUGAUAUAGACACUUCCUCCUCCACAGGCAAGUUUAGAAAAGCGGUAAGCAAGUAUUUUCCUUAACAUGUUCCUCAGAAAACGUGGUUGCAAGAAAUGUUGCAUAUUUUUAGUGUUAUACCUAUAUAUCUAUAUCUAUAUAUAUAUCCUAUUUUUUGUGCUGUUCUUUUUCCAGGACAGUCAGGUAAAUUGCCACUGUAUCAAAAAUGCAUUGAAUCCAUUGUCUUGCCCAUUUUCCAAUUGUGAACUAACUCAAAUGUAUAAAUUUGCUCUUUUUUUUUUUUUUUAAACGAAUGUUUUUUUAAUAUAAAAACAUUGCAAAAAAAUCACAUAAUUAUUUUUUUUUGCUGUGCCCAUUCUGUUAGUGUUUAUCCAGUAUAAGAACAUAGAUUUGUAGGGUCGGGGGUGGCUAAGCAGUCUUCAAUCCAAGAGUUGAGCCCUCCUAUCCUGUAAGUACAAAUACUGUGAUUGACUUCUGAGAGAUAUAUAUAUAUAUACAUACAAGCCUUUUUUAUUCUCAUUGAUGCUUUAUAAAUUGCAAGAGAUGUAGUAUUUUUGUCAAAUAUUGCCAUUCCCCCCCCCUCCCUCCCUCCCACCCCGUCUUGGGUAAGUAUAAAAUGUUCUGAGGAAAGAGGCAUAGUACUUUUUUAGACUUGUACCACAUGUUUCUGAGACGUAUUUCCCCUUAUGUGACUCCACUUGACUGCAUAACAGACUGAAACUCAUCCUGAUACAGUUUGCUUCUUUGUAGAUUGUCCUAGACUUUGUGUAGGUAGCAUUUCAGUGCCAGUGUCGGAUUUUAACUUUUCUCGAAGCAGCGAAGGGUUUUUAAAUUUAAAAAAAACUAAACAAAUGUCAGCACUCUUGUUACACUGUCGGUAGGAACUGUUUUAUUCUUUAAAAGGAUUUCCAUGUGGUUAUAUUUUAAUCAUUGGUUCUGAAUAUCUUUGACUCUGCAAAGUGCCAUUGUCUAGUCGAGACUGUCAUGUUUUAUUUCUUUAAUGCUAUUCAUUGCAAAAGACGAAUUUGAUUUAAAUGCUCAAGAAAAAAAAAAGAAAAAAAUCUCACUGCAUAACUCCAGUGUAGCAUGCUUUAGGUUUCUGCUGUUAUCUCUCUAAUGUCCCAUAUUGAGCAUGAUGUGGAAUGAUUAGUAGUGGAAGUGCUUCUGACUAGCUCAGCAUUGAUUUAUGACAUUUUUUCUGAAUGAGCACUGUUGUUGUUGCUGUUGUUGUUAAAAGGCUGUUAAUGUUAAGGUCACAAAGAAAAACAACAUUAUAUUCUUUGACUGCAUUGUUCAUAAGAUGGCAAACAGUGCAAUAUAUAUACAUAUAUAUCUGAUCUUUGCAGUGUCAUCCCAGACCUUGCACCUUAGGUUCUGCUGCAAUAACACAGGUAAGCGAAACCUAAGGAAACAGUGUUUUUGUCCAGUGACAUGACCAACAUAUUAUAUAUAUAUAU